AUGGAUGCAGUUGUCGGAGUGUGUCAUUUCUGCGAGAUGCAUGGCCCGAGAGUGUUAUUCUGCUGUCAACCGUACCGCGACGAGACGCCGCCCGAGUGCUGCGAGUCACGCGACGAACAGCCGUUCUACGGCAACCUCGAAUGCUUGCGAACCAUGGCCGGCGUGAAUGUGGUGGACUCGAAAGCCACUGGUACGCCGAUCGCUUCGUCGACCAACGACGACAAGCAGCAGACGUCGUCGAUGACCAGCAGCGCCGCCGAAAAGCUUAGCCACCAGCACCAGGGGACAUGUAAAGCUUGUCAGUCGAUGCCAUCGACGAAGCCCGGCUUUCUGGUCAACGACCACCAAAACCGCAUCAGCUUCGUCGGUAGCCAGUACCCUUACCAGGCCGAGGUUCUUGAUAUCGUCAGACAGGCGUGCCUGCGAAGCCUCAGUUGCGAAGUGUGCCCGAGUCGUGAGGGACCGAUCUUCUUUGGCGAUCUUCAGUACGGCUACUGCUUGUGCUACACGUUCACGUUGAAAAACUUCCGGGCCCGCGGCUUUCAGCACCUCUACUCGCUGAUCAUCGUCACCAUGGACAAACUGCUACUGUUGAACAAUUUUGACUUCUUCGUCGACUCGCUGAAGGUAAUCGCCGAAAACCUGCAGCGCAAGGCGACAAAGGUGUUUGAAAGCGAACGCGGCCAGGACCAGGAGCUUAACAUGACGGCCAUGGGCCGAGUGGCCUUGUUGCCCAAUGGCUUCUUCCGCGAACGCGCCAACUCUGGCAGCUUUAGUCCUCGUUCGCUGAUCGAUCUCACGCUUGAUCCCGAGAUCUUCUUGAAGUUGAACAGAUGUUUCGUUUGGUUGCUGAGGAAGCAAAACGAACGUUGCGUAGAAACAUUGUUGGAAGGUCUUCCGUGCGAAGAUCAAGUUGUGGAAAUGGAAUCGCAGAACAGCGUCGAACCGACCAACUCGGCAUCCAGUUUUACGCGUUCAGAAGUCAAUGGCUCGUUUUCCGAAUGCUGUCUCGACGGAUUGACUUCUGUGACAGACGGCAGUGGCAGUGGCGGAGGCCCGAAGGCGAACAUUCCUGAGGACUGUUCGUAUCCUUUGAAGAUGCUGCGGCGCGUGUUUGGUUGUUUGGGCGCAGACGAGUUCAAAUCGCUAUUAUUUCAUCUGUUAAUUGGCAACCAGGUUAUCGUUAAAUCGGAUUCUGAGCGAGUCACGAAGUUGUGUUUGGAUGGACUCAGUUUUCUCCUGCCUCGAGGUUGCUGCCGAACCGUCUAUUAUUCUAAAAGGUACUUGGAAUUAUGGUACUGUAAUUUGCUCGGUCUGGUCGUUUCGUCCAAGUUGCCGAAGAACAGUGUUGAAAACUCGUACGCGUUGCUCGAAGCGAAGGCUGUCGACAGUCCGUCGGAUGGCCCCCUCGACUUUUCGUUGGUCAGCGUCAAGGCGUCGCUGUUCACGCCGCACAUCGAUCCGCCGCAGCUCGUUCGACAGUACACGUCGUUGAUUUCUAGCGCUGAUCUUACGCUACCCGUUGUGGCCAGAACGAUCACUGCCGUGAAGUGCGAAUGGAUGAACAAGACUAAACUUUACUUCAUCGUCCUCAAACAAUUCAGUGACAAUGAGUCGUGCGCCCGCCUGCGUUGGAGGUCGGUGACUAAGUGCAAAAUCGAAGAUGAAUUGCUGGUCAAAUUCUGGCUUGCUGGUUUGAGCCGAAAUUUCAAAAAUUUCGUAUUUUCCACGUGUUCUCAUCUCCAGAGAUGA